CUCGAACCAAUUUCGGAAAACACAUCUUCACUUCCUGUUUUGGCUCUGAGGCACAACGUGCAUGCAGAGUAGUCUACGGUGUGUAGUAACAGUGUAAUGUGUAAGCAGAGUCUUGUUCGCUCUCUACGAUGCAGAUAUCUAGCGUGAAUGAUGUGAAGAUUUACAAUUUAAGCUAUGGAAAGUCUCUUCCGGAGUGGCUGUCAGAUCGAAAGAAGAGACAGUUACAAAAGAAAGAUGUCGACAUCCAGCGCAGGAUUGAGCUCAUCCAGGACUUUGAGAUGCCUACUGUGUGCACCUCUAUCAAAGUGUCGAGGGAUGGCCAGUUCAUCCUCGCAGCAGGCACUUACAAACCUAGGAUUCGCUGCUAUGACACCUACCAACUGUCCCUGAAGUUUGAGCGCUGUCUGGAUUCAGAUGUUGUGGCCUUUGACAUCCUGUCAGAUGACUACUCCAAGUUGGUGUUUUUACACUCUGACCGCUACAUAGAGUUUCACUCCCAGCACGGACAUUACUACAAGACACGCAUUCCAAAGUUUGGGCGGGACUUUUCCUACCACUAUCCUUCCUGUGACCUCUUUUUUGUGGGGACAAGUUCAGAAGUUUUCAGGCUGAACCUUGAACAAGGACGCUUCCUCAACUCCCUUCAGACAGAUGCUGUAGAGAACAAUGUGUGUGACAUCAAUCCUGUCCAUCAUUUGUUUGCCACAGGAACCUCUGAGGGCAGAGUUGAAUGCUGGGACCCUCGUGUCCGGAACAGAGUGGGCAUUCUGGACUGCGCCCUGAGCAGCCUUCCUGAAGGAGCAGAAGUUCAAGGUUUGCCUGCCAUAAGUGCACUGAAGUUUAAUGGCUCUCUCACCAUGGCGGCUGGUACCAGCACAGGACAGGUACUCCUCUAUGACCUGCGCUCCAACCAGCCGCUGCUGGUUAAAGACCACUUCUACAACCUGCCUAUCAAGUCACUCCACUUCCACGAUCAGCUGGACCUCAUUGUGUCUGCUGACUCAAAGAUUAUAAAAAUCUGGAACAAAGACACUGGCAAGGUGUUCUCCUCCAUACAGCCUCAGACCAACAUCAAUGAUGUUUGCAUCUACCCUAAUACAGGUAUGCUCUUCACUGCAAAUGAAGAUCCCAAGAUGAACACAUUCUACAUCCCGGCCCUGGGUCCUGCACCUAGGUGGUGCUCCUUCCUUGACAACCUGACAGAGGAGCUGGAGGAAAGCCCAGAGAGCACGGUGUAUGAUGACUACAAGUUUGUCACCCGGAAGGACCUGGAAAAUCUGGGUUUGUCUCACCUGGUGGGAUCAUCUCUUUUGAGAGCCUACAUGCACGGCUAUUUCAUGGACAUCAGGCUUUAUCACAAAGUCAAAACCAUGGCAAAUCCUUUUGCAUAUGAGGAGUAUCGCAAGGAUAAGAUCCGCCAGAAGAUUGAGGAGUCCAGGACACAAAGAGUGCAGGUUAAGAAGCUGCCCAAGGUGAACAAAGAGCUGGCUCUCAAGCUGAUGGAGGAGGGCGAUACUGAAGCCGAGCUGGCCUCAAGGAAAAAGAAGGGCAAGGCUCUCCCCAGCAUCCUGGGUGACGACCGCUUCAAAGUGAUGUUUGAAAACCCAGAGUACCAGGUGGACGAACAAAGUGAGGAGUUUCGCCUUCUCAACCCCAUCGUCUCCAAGGUCGGACAAAAGAGGAAGAAGAAGCUUCGUCUACUGGCUCAGCAGGUGGCUGCUUCCCAACAGGCUGAUGAGGAAGAGGAGGAGCCCGAAGGGCGAGCCAGCUCUGAGGAGGAGAGCUCAGACGAUGACAAGAGUUGGGUAGAGGAGGUGAGGGAGCAGCGGAGACUCCUGCGGCAGGAAGACCGAGACCGGCAGCGGCAGAGGAGGAAGGAAGUAGACUGUAACACUGUCCUGCUGGAGGAGAACGGAGGAGAGAUAACAGCAAACAUGGCUGAGAGCAAGAAGACGAGCCAGCCUCAGUUUUAUCAGAUCAAAGCAGGGGAGGAGUUCCGAAGUUUUAAUGACGUGGCCCGCAAGCAGAGACUUCAAAAGGCGUCUUUGGAGGACCGUCUGAAGUUAGAGGAGCACACUGGAACCAGCAACAUGGCUGACACUGCAGUGGGCAGCAAACAGCUAACAUUCACUCUCAAGAAGUCAGAGCAGCAGAAGAAGCAGCAGCAAGCAGAGCGGGAACACCAUGAGGAGAGGAAGAAGCUGAGGCGCUCGGCAGGACACCUGAGCAGCCGAGGUAGAGGCUGGGGCGGCGGAAGAGGAAGAGGAGGAGGAGGAGGAAGAGGCAGAGGGAGAGGCCGUUACUGAUUGACAACAGACGCAUGUCCAGCACACUGCUCAGCUCACAUCUGAGUUCCCUGGUGUCUUCCAUGAACUUAACUCUUCCAGAGGGUUGAAGAUGUAACCGGAGACAUGAUAGAGAGACUAUGCAUGAGUGGCACAGACUGAUAAUGAUGGACAGACACGCCUUCCCCUGCUUCAGGGUGGUCUGGCCCAUGUGUUUAGCUACUCUUUGCAACUUCAGAGCAUAUUAAGAAAGAUUGCCCAUGUUGCUGCCUGUGUGCAUGUAAUGCUUAUUAUCCAGAAAUACCUUCACUGCAUACUUUUUUAGACACCAACUCAGGAAACCUCUUUCAGUUGAUGAAGGGGAGAAAAGAUGUAUGCCAACACUUGGAUUAACAAAACUUGAACUAUGUAUUAUAUUUGGUACCACACUCGCUUGACUACAUUGUUUUUAGUGCUGAAAAAUCAAAAUACAGCAUUUCUAGAGAGUGCCAAAAUGACUCAUUUUGGGUACAUAGAGCAUGCUUCCUUUGUUGCAGUUUUGUAGAUAUGUCAGAAGUAAGAGGGCUGAAUGCGGGAUUUUUUUGUCUCCCACACCAACAACUGCAGUUCUUGGAAAUGGAAGGACUGCCUGGGUGUCCUUCCCAUCCCCCAAUGUGACGACGGUGUGAAUCCCCUCUGCACCAGCAUUGGCCUAUUUCAAAUGUGAGGGAGGUGCAUUUAAGCUGUCAGCAUGCCAGCGCUGGCCCCUGGGCUCAUUUGAACUCAAUUGAUGUCACCAUGCUAUUUCACCAUGACCCAUCUGCCUACAAAAAGCAGAAAGUAAAACUUAGAAUAUGCUGUUUUAUGGGCAGUUAUGUACCAGACUAUUUCUUGACCAGGACCUGUAACCUGCAGGAGAUCUGAUAUUUUAAUUAUUGGAGUCAUAUCUAUCCUCUCAAAUGCUGGCCACAUCAAUUUUCCCAAAAUGUCAAACUAUAGCUUUCAUUUUGUACUGGGCUUAUGUUGCAUUUUUACUUACAGCUUACACAUACAGGUGAAUAAAUCAGGGUCAUCAUAAGUCAGGGUAUUACAUACAUUAAACUAGAAAUUAAUUGCUACAAAGCCUUAAAGAAUGAACAAGGAGCUUUGUAGCCAGGUGUUUCUUGAGAGAUAACCAUCAGUGAUAGGUGACCGAGGCAGGACAACAAGGCUCCAGCCUAGUUCUCUCCUUUGUGUUGUGACCCCAGUGACACUGUUCCGCUUUAGAACAAAUAAACAUCAUUUAGCAAAG